UAAAAGGCUGUGAAGAAGGGAGAGAGAGAGAGAGAGACACCAGAGCAGACAGCCUAUAGACCAAACUCCAGAAAUCUCUCAACUGCCUAACAGCAGCAGCCAGGUGCUGGACUCAGCUAUUCAUAGCGCAUUUUCCAUCAUUGGAUUGGCAACAAACAGACAGAGGGAGUCACAUCCCUGAAUGAGGAAUGAGAGGUUCAAGGACAGCCUGAAGCUGGUGUAAAGACCAAGUCGCAGAGGCAGAAGAGGACUGUGCGCUUUCACAGACAGCCCCCCUCCAUCCUCCUCAGGCGCUCAGCUUCCCAAGGUUACAGCCAGGCACUGGAGGACUCACCUCGGGAGGGGAGCGGAGCGGAACAUGCCAGGGGGAGUUUCGGUGACCAGGAGGAGGCGCUCUGUCAAGGGACAGCUCUGAGUGUGAACGCUGUGGGAAAGGUUGCGGGACCCAGACCGAGACUGGCCCCGGCGUGAACUCUGACUGAGCAAAACAAACUUUGACUCAAAUUAAUUAAACAUUGUGACUUUGUUUUGUUUAGUAGAAGACAUAGAGUCUGGAUACCAACUGACUGCGAAGUGGGGGGAAGGGGGGGGUGGGCAGGUGGAAGACGUUAAAACACACGCCCAGCCUCAUUGAAUUGGUUUUGGGUGAAAAAAGCACAGAAGAUUUUGAAGAAGGAUCGCUGGAGCCGAAACUUUAACUCUUGAUAUCUCUCUCUCUCUCUCUCUCCCUUCCACACACGCGGCUGUGCUUUUCCAGCAAUAGUUGUUUUUGUUUCUGAUUAUCAGCAUUUGAUUCGAUUAUUGAAGAUUUGUCCAUCUGUGUGUGCGCGCGUGUGUAUGUGUUUUAUUCGAAAGAAAAAGGGAUUGUGUUGGGGUUGGUUAAGUGGAGCAUUUUAAUAUCACAACUGUUUUGUUUUCCUCUGAGGGGUCGGUGGUUAAUUUUGCAAACCCAAGGGGGAUUGAGAGCUGGGGAAGGGGGGUAAAGAUGGGGCACGUCCUUCUAGAAAUUGUGGCUCUCUUUCUCUCAGUGAAUGGCUUGCUGUGUGUCAUCCUGACCUGCGCCCUGCCCCUUUGGAAAGUGCCCGCUUUUCAAGGUGCCAACCUAGUGACUGCCCAGCAGACCUGGGAAGGGCUGUGGAUGGACUGUGUCUGGCAGGAUACCGGCGAGAUGAUCUGCAGCACCUUCGAUUCCAUGCUGGCCCUGGACCACGGGUUACAGGUAGCCCGGGCUCUGACCACCACGGCCGGGGUGCUCGGGGCACUGGGCAUCCUGGCCAGCAUCGCUGGUGCCAGCUGGACCCGGCUGGUCGAGGGGGAGCCCUGCAAAGCCCGGCUCCUGUCAGCCGCCGCCUGCUCGCUGCUGCUCUCCGGGAUCCUGCAGCUGAUCCCGGUGGCUUGGACAGCCAACGAGAUCGUCAGGGAAUUCCGCAGCCCGUCCGUCCCGGAGGGAGUCAAGAGGGAACUUGGGCAAUCUCUGUACAUUGGCAUGGGCGCGACUGCCCUGUUCACCGCAGCCAGUGGGCUGCUGUGGCUCUCCUGUUCCAAAGCCAGGGCACAGGCAGCUCGUCCAACAGAGUACAGGCCUGGCCAAGCAAACUACAGCGAGAGCCAGUAUGUGUAAGGGAGCGGAGGUACACCAUCUCGCCCCAGCCCCGGACAGGAACGGCAGAAAAUGCGGGAACGCCCUUGCAAUCUCUCAGUCACAUUUACUGUGUUUAAAGCAAGUCUUCGAAACUGGUACAGCAUUCCGCAUAUCCAAUCUAUGUAUACAUAUUGGAAACUCGAUACAGCUCAAACAACAUAUAAAAAAUAAAUUGCACUUUAUUUUAA